UGCCCACCAGUCAGUGCACUAAAACUAAUACCUCUAACAACCUGCCAUAGAAACUCCAUCAACAACAUUCUCUGACUACUCAAACAGCAAAAAACAAAACAGACUUUGCCCUGCAUUUGAACAUGAAAUGCAACAGUACACGUCGUAGUUGUUUGUUGUGUGGUACAAUGGAAGAAAAAGAUCCAUCGAUACGAAAAACUUUAAUAGUUCAAUGCUUCAAAGAUUUGCAUCUAAUUGAAGAUAUAGAGCUUGUUCUCACCUUAAGAUGCCUCUGGAAUAUUGCUCUUGCUCGACCUGAUGACCCUGAAUUCCCGUCCCUCGGUGUCUUUAAUUGCAUGGCUAGACUUCUCAACAGGUGCACCCGUGACCAAAAAUGGCUUUCAAGAGGCCAUAACGUGUAUGUUCCUUAUUAUGCAGCUCAUAUCAUUGGCUCCUAUACCAUGAACAAAGCUAGAUUCUCUGUUUUGGCUGUUAAAUCAGGUGUAAUUUCGCCAUUAAUAGACCUCUUAAAAGGUAAGAUAACUUGGGUUGAGCAAAGAGUGGCUGUUAGAGCACUUGGUCACAUUGUGCGACAUAGAAGAACAUUUGAAGACAUUAAGGUCCAUGAAGUAGAGAUUAUAAAGCUAGCUAUGGACAUAGCUUCCAAAUGCAUUUUUACAAUCUAUAGCGAGUUUGUAGGCAAGAAAAGUGAAAAGAGAGUCGAAUAUCAUCGCUAUUUGAUGACAAAAGGUCUCAGAGAAUUCGAAAUGGAGAAUAAAAAAGCAGAGUCUUGGGCUUGCCAAAUGCAAUGCUGGUCUCUAUACCUUCUCAACUGCUUCAUUACAAAGAAAAGAAGCAUCAAUUUAAUAUGCAAAGAAGAUUUUCUCAAGAAUUUAUGUGAUAUAUGGGGUGGAUUACAGAACCAGAAUUCUUUCUCUGGCAUUGGCCUAAUCAGAAGUCUAUGUGACAGCGAAGAUGGUAGAAAAAACAUUGCUCAAUUAGAACAAGUUGUAGAAAACAUCUGCAACCUCUCUAGAUCAUCGGACGAAUGGCAAUUCAUGGCAAUUGAAAGUCUUUUGGUACUUCUCAAGGAUCCAAAAACAAGAAACAGAGUAACCAACAUUGCAGCUCCUUUUCUUGCUGAUUUAGUAGAGCUUAGAACUAUCAAAGGAAGACGAAAAAUUGGUGACAUGAUAACGCAACUACUCUUGCAAGAUUAUGCUAAAAUCAAAUAUGGUCAAGUGGGGUUCUAUGAAAAAGGAUCACAAAAGGCAAUUGAAGAGAUUUGGGACUUGAAAGUUGAAAAAAGGAAAAGGGAUAAAAUCAUGUCGGAACAAGAAGUGAAGGAAACAGAGCUUUUGGUUUCCGUUUUAAAACGUGAAGGAAACAAGAAAUUUUGGUCAAGUGAGAUUGAAGCAGCUGUAAACAAGUACACAAAGGCUUUAGAUUUAUGUCCACUAAACUUAAGAAAAGAAAGGAUUGUUCUUUAUAGCAAUAGAGCUCAAUGUCAUUUAAUUUUAGGAGAAGCAGAGUUAGCUAUUAGUGAUACAACACGAGCCUUAUGCUUAUCAGGUGAAAUGAGACCACAUAUAAAGAGCCUGUGGCGAAGAUCGCAGGCUUAUCACAUGAAAGGAUUGGCUAGACUAAGUUUAAUGGAUUGUUUAAUGUUCAUCAAUGAACGAAGCAAGUUGAAUGGAAACAAAAGCAGCACAAGGAAAAUCCCAUACUAUGCAAUGCGCAUGUUGAACAAGCAGAUGACAGCCACGUGGAUUUUUGCAGAUGCCGCAAAGUCCAUGGAAGAUGACAAUGGAACUCAUAAAUCCAGGGUCCAGCAUCGCCUUGCAGGUGGAAAAAUGAAAGGGAAGAUAGAAGAGGCACUAUUAAAAAGCAUGCCAACCCAGUGGAAAGACAAGGAGCAUCGGCUCUUGAAAAAGGGACGGCUUUGGAGAACAAGUCGGAGAAGCAAAGGCGUUAUUGAAAGCGUAUCACAGGAGGGGAAAAUGUAA